CAGCAGGAGGUGCAGCAGUCCCACCACAAAGAUGGAACUCAAGCUCAAUGGCAGUUAGGUAUUGAAAGGAGCAUGUCAUUGCUGGAGGGACUGAAGUGGAUUUUGUAGUUGAAAGAUUAGGCGCCAGCAAGCAGACUUGUGCCUUUCAACAUGUUGCAGUUUUAUAUUGUCUCAUGUAAUGUCAUUACCAUCAAAAGCUGUAUUAACCAAGCACCCAAGAGGAUGAUUUGACUGAGUGGCACAGUCCAUCUCAUGCAAAUUUGGCAUUGAUGACUCUCAAGCUUUGCUACACAUUAUACAGUAUACAAUAUACAUGCUUCGUUGUAGAAAAUCAAACAUGCUUUUUGUAUAAGUACCAAUUAAAAUGGUGGCAAUUUAAAAACUGCCCUUAUGACUCCUCUUUAUUGAAGUGUCUUAUGGUUUAACUCAGACUACUAACUACUAGUGUUUAGACUUAAUGAUGCGUUAAUAUCCACUGGCACAGAAAAUGGGUUUAGUUCACACUUAGAUCUGACAUAUUUGUACUCAAUACCUGCCAUUGGCAACGAUAGACAUCCAAUUCGCUUAAAAAUGGGAGGAUUGGCUGUCAAUGCUAAUCUUCCAAUGCUGUUGAUGCUAGAUGUCAUCCAUCCAUUGACUGGGAGGGUAGAGUCAAAAAUUGGAUGUCUCGCGCGUCACUGGCAACCAAUUAAGUACAAACACGAUGAAAAUGCGUUUAGAAUAGGCUUAUUCAAGCAUAGAAUGGAGGGGAAGCUCUAUAUAGUAAGUCAAAUUCAUGGACGUUUUACAUUUACAAGUGGGUCUCCUACAGAACGUCAACUGCUGUCCUGUAUUAAAACGAAUUCAAAUGCGUGCACUGCAAUCUCGGGGAUUUGUCUUUUGACAGUUUUGUGUAUAUUUUUAUAAGUGACAAUUGAAGUGCCCUGUAUUUUGAGAGCAUUCUGCCACGAGUAGUAUAGUAUGUACAAUGUGCCUCUUGUUUUUUCAUUUUUAGUUUUGUGUUGUAUACGUGCGAUUGUUUGAAUUGAUCUAAAAUACCGUCAUAUACCAUUUAUUGUAAAUGGGCGGGGCUUCGGCGGUACUACUUCCGGUGACUGGAUGGAGCACUAUCCCGCGAUGUUAGCCUAGCAGCGAGCUAACGGAUGGCACCUCGUUAGAUGAAGGCUCUUAUCGGAGCAUCACCGAACUGCCCUCAUGUUCGCCCGCUUUGUGUCGCCGCUUCUGCCGCUACUACUGCUGGCCGUCCCCGUACACCCGCAAUUCAUCCAGCUGGACACGCUGUCCAACGUGUCGUCGUACUACUUUAACUACGUUUACUGCAACAUUUGGGAGGGCGAGUGUCAGCCCCACCAGGAUGAUGCGACGCAGCAAGUUCCUACCAGGGACGUUUGGGCCGGUUUCACCAAGGACUGCACGGAUCUGCUUUACCGCGUGUACUGUAACCUGGGUCAAUGCUGCGACUCGGGAGAUUGCAGGGUGACCAAUAACAUCACUGGUUUAGCUAAAGACCUUCAGAGCAAACUCCACGGCCAGCACCUGGCCCAAUCUGUGGUUCUAAAAGCAGUCCAGGGUUUCAUCAACAACCCGGAGUCCAACAAGCCCCUAACGCUCUCCUUCCACGGCUGGUCGGGCACAGGCAAGAACUUUGUGGCACGAAUGGUGGCUGACAACCUUUAUCGCGACGGGGUGAAGAGUGAUUGCGUCCGCCUGUUUAUCGCUCCGUUCCACUUCCAUCAUGCCAAGAUGGUGGACACGUACAAGGGUCAGCUGAGAGAGGCAAUCCGGGACACGGUCCUGCGAUGUUCCCAGCCUCUGUUCAUCUUCGACGAAGCCGAGAAGCUGCACCCGGGCCUCAUCGAUGCCAUUAAGCCAUUCAUGGCCCAUUAUGACAAUGUGGAUGGAGUCAACUACCGAAAGGCCAUCUUUCUAUUCCUCAGUAAUAUUGGAGGAGCGACGAUCAAUGAUGUGGCGUUGGAUUUUUGGCACUCUGGACAGAACCGCGAGGACAUUGGGAUGGAGGAUCUGGAACACCGACUACGAGACGAAACAAUGGAAUCGCAAGGCGGUUUCGCCAAGAGCGAGCUAAUGUCCGGCCACCUGAUAGACUUCUUCGUACCCUUUCUACCUUUGGAGUACCGCCACGUCAAGCUGUGCGCCAAGGACGCCUUCGCCGCCAGAGGCCUGGAAGCGGACAUGGCCACGCUGGAUGAGGUGGCCAAAGCCAUGCUGUAUAUCCCCAAAGAGGAGAGACUUUUCUCCGCCCAGGGGUGCAAAUCCAUCCCCCAGCGGAUCAACUUCUUUCUCUCAUAAGAAACUAGAGAAUGACGCUUUGAGGAAGCGUGCUUCUCACUCCCAUUCAGGUGCAAAACACGCAACGGGUCACUCGCACCAGGUUUGACAACUAGUGCACUUCCCAUUUGAACGGGAAAAAGCGGAAGUGCCGCCUUGUCGCGGCUGCACACUUGAGAUGAAGAACAAUGUGUGGUAGUAAACAAGUGGAGUAAAUAAGGAAAGUUUGCGCAUUCCAAAAUUAGCACUUAAACGAGGGGCAUGUGGCUCUUUUCAUCCAUCUUCUGUGAAUUUGAAUAAGCUUAUCACUAUUAGAUCAUUCACUGCCAACCCUCCAAGUUCAAACAGUUUGGACAUCUAUUGCCAUCAGUGGCAGCCAAAACACUAUAACCUCGAAAAAGUUAAUUUCUCUGGAGGAAAAAAAUCUGAUUUUCUAAUUUGUAGUUUUUAGUUUACUUAGUCAUAAUGCACAAUAUUGUCACAAGCAGCGUAAAAUAAAUACGAAUUGAGUAGAAUCAUGUACACACAGAGGUGGGUAGUAACGCGUUACACUGGUAUGAAAAAGUAUCUGAACUUUUUCUCACUUUUCUGCAUAAAAUCACCAUCAAAUGUGAUCUGAUCUUUGUCAAAACAACACAGAUGAAAAUACAGUGUCUGCUUGAACUAAAACCACCCAAACAUUUAUAGGUUUUCAUAUUUUAAUAAGGAUAGCAUGCAAACAAUGACAGAAGGGGAAAAAUUAGUAAGUUAAAGAGAUUUAAAGAGCAAUUGAAACCAAUUUUUACCAAACAUUUUAAGUCAGGUAUGUGCCCAAUCACUGAUUAGUUGUUUAAAGCUGCCCUGCCCAUGAUAAAACCCACACCUGGAAAGAAAUUUCUUGAUGAGAAGCAUUGUCUGAUGUGCAUCAUGGCUCAGUCAAAAAAUCUAUCUGAAGACCUGCGAUCAAGGAUUGUUGAAUUGUGUAAAGCUUGGAAAGGAUACAAAACCCAUCUCUAAAAGUCUGGAUGUUCAUCAAUUGACAGUCAGAGAAGUUGUCUAUAAAUGGAGAGAGUUUGGCACUGUUUCUUCUCUCCCAAGGAGUGGCCGUCAACUAAAGACGACACUAAGAGUUUAGCGCAGAGUGGUAAAAAAGAACCCUAGAAUGUCUGCUAAAGAGUUACAGAAAUCACUGGCACAGUCCAAUAUCUGUGUGCACACAUCAACUAUAUGUAAAACUAUGGCCAAAACUGGUGUUCAUGGGAGGACUCCACGGAUGAAGCCACUGCUGUCUAAAAAAAAAAAAAAAAACAUUGUUGCUCACUUAAUGUUCGAAAAAAAGGCACUUGGACGCUCCACAGAAGUUUUGGCAAAAUAUUUUGUGGACUGAUGAAACCAAAGUUGAGUUGUUUGGGAGUAAGACACCGUCAUGUCUGGAGGAAAAAUGGAACAGCUCACCAACAUCAACACCUCAUCCCGACCGUGAAGCAUGGUGGAGGGAGCACCAUGAUUUGGGGCUGUUUUGUUGCCUUAGGGCCUGGACAACUUGCAAUCAUUAAUGUAAGAAUGAAUUCAAAAGUUUAUCAAGAUGUUUUGCCGGAAAACCUGAAGCCCUCUGUCAGACAGCUGAAGCUAAAAAGAGGAUGGAUGCUGCAACAAUACAAUGAUCCAGAACACAGAAGUAAAUCAACUUCUGAAUGGUUUCAGAUGAACAAAAUACACGUUCUGGAGUGGCCAAGUCAAAGUCCAGACUUGAACCCCAUUAAAAUGGUGUGGCAUGACCUAAAGAUAGUGAUUCAUGCCAGACAUCCCAGGAAUCUGACUGAACUACAGCAGUUUUGUAGAGAAGAAUGGACCAAGAUUAGUCCUGAUCGAUGUGCUAGACUGAUCUGCAGCUACAGGAAGCGUCUGGUUGAACUUAUUGCUGCCCAGGGGGUGGGGGUACAAAUUAUUAAAUGUGAUGGUUCACUCACUUAUUUUUCCCCUUUCUGUCAUUGCUUGCAUACUAUCCUCAUUAAAAUAUGAACACCUAUAAAUGUUUGGGUGGUUUUAGUUAAAGCAGACAGUUUUUUCAUCUGUGUAAUUUUGACAAAGAUCAGCUCACAUUUGAUGUUUUUUUUUUUUUUUUCAGAAAUGUGAGAAAUUCCAAAAGGUUCUGAUACUUUUUCAUACCACUGUAACACGUAUGAUUCUUCUGAUUUCAUAAUAGUAACUAUGAAGGAACUACUGUAUUCACUAUUCAAACUAGGAACUAUUUUCUCCACUAGAGCACUCAUGCUCUUUGGACGAAUAAUGCUUCAUUUCUGUCUUUUUUUUCCUCUCUUGCCAGAAUUCAAUUAUUUAUUUAUUUAUUCAUUUAUUUUUCAUUUCUUUGGCUUAAUGUGGUUGUGUAAUGGGUUAUUGUAUAGUAUCAUUACAACAACAGUUCAUAUAGAUAAGUUUGUGCUGAGAGAAAAAAAGUACCAUCGUUUAAAAAAAAAAAAGAAAAAAAUUGCUAUUACUCACAAUGUUACUCAUCACUCGAGUAUUCUUUUCACUGGAUACUUUUUUUCACUCGUACUUGAGAACAUUCUUUAGAUGACUACUUUUACUUGAGUGAUAUUAUUUUGAAGUAACGCUACUCUUACUUGAGUAAAUUUUUUGGGUUACUCUACCCACCUCUGUGUACACAUCAACAUGAGUUGCUUACUUGAUCCAGCCUAGCCAAAGUCCAUGUUGGCUCUUCCCAUCGCUGCUCAACAAACAUCAAAGACUGAUAAAAACAUUACUUAACUUCAUUUACCUAAGUAAUAAGAAUACAUACUACUAUCCCAAAAAGAUUUAAUUGUAAGGGAGCAAAGCAAAUGAACAUUUAGUUCCACCACAAUACCAUGCAAAUGAUUUGGAGCACUACUAGCCUUGUUACAAUGCGCUUUUAUCAAUACAGUCAUAAGUUAAUAGAAAACAGUAGAUACACUAAUAUACUGAUUUGAUGAGUGGUUACAUACAGUGCCUUGCAAAAGUAUUCGGCCCCCUUGAAUCUUGCAACCUUUCGCCACAUUUCAGGCUUCAAACAUAAAGAUAUGAAAUUUAAUUUUUUUGUC